AUGGGUGAACUACUAUCAAGAUAUGAUCCAACAAGAAAUAAUCUACUAAUAAUUGGAUUUAAAUCAUUUUCAAUAGGAGUUGUUUUUACAACAUCAACAAUUUUAGAAAUUUAUUAUCAAAAACAUUUUGCAUUAUUUUUAUAUUUACAAUUUCUUUGUAUUUUCCAUUCAUUAGAAUUUUUAAGUACUUAUUUAUUUAAUAAUUCACAAGUUGAUGAUGAUUCAUUUAUUUUGGAAGAUAAAGAAUUUCAUAUAAUUACUUUUGCAUCUAUUAUAGAAUAUUUUAUAUCACCUUUUAAAAUUAAAUUUUAUAUAAUUGGAUUUCCUUUGCUAUUAUUAGGUCAAUUUAUAAGAUUUUUAAGUAUGUUUACUGCUCAAGAAAGUUUUAAUCAUUAUGUUCAAAAACAAGGUAAAGAAAGUCAUAAAUUAGUUACAAAUGGAAUUUAUAAAUAUAUUCGUCAUCCAAGUUAUUUGGGGUUUUUUUUAUGGUUUAUUGGUAUACAAAUAAUUUUAGGUAAUAUAAUAAUGUUAAUUGUUGGUAUAAUAAUAUUAUGGAGAUUUUUCAAAGAUAGAAUCAAAUAUGAAGAAGAAUAUUUAAUAAAGUUCUUUGGAGAUAAAUAUACAAAUUAUCGAAAUUCAACAUCAACUUGGAUGUUUAUUAAAUAA